UUCUAGCCCAAAAACGCAACGCAUUAUCCGCGGACCAGAUAAAGACUCGCUCCACACAACAGACACCGACUGCGCUGUGUAUUGGUGCCACGGUGCACCCCGCCGGCCGCCAAUUAGCGUGUCGCGUGUUUUGGUUCUCGUUUGAACAUAUAAAACCACCCGGCACCGGUCACGUUCGUGCCAGUGCUAAAAUUAUCUCCUGAGAAGUGCGACUACGCGUACACAGUGAGAGAGAGUUCCAGUCCACGAGAUAACAGUAAAGAUGCUGAAGGUUCAAACGGUGCGAGGCCCGGUAGAUCCGGGCCAGCUCGGGUACACGCUAACGCACGAGCACUUUUCGCUCAACUUCGACAAGAUGUAUGCCGCACCACCGGACGCGGUCUCGGAGUAUGUCAGCAAGCGCAUCACGCUCGAGAACGUCGGAUACGUGCGCCAGUACCCCUACAGUAGCCGGUACAACAUUAACUUUGAGGAUUUCGAUACGCACGAAGCGGUGGCGAAGGAUGUGGUGGCAUACCGGGGCUUCGGUGGUGGCGCAAUCGUCGAAAACACGUCGCACGGGCUUGGCCGUAACCUGCGGCUCAUGUACGAUGUGUCACGGGAGGCGAAUGUGCACGUGAUCGCCGGCACCGGUCACUACAUUCACGCGAUGCAAUCCCCGGCAACGCAUGCGAUGAGCGUCGAGCAACUGACGGAUCUCUACACCAAGGAGCUACUGUUUGGUGUCGAGGUGGACGGUGUUCCGGAACCGAUAAGGUGUGGGUUUAUCGGGGAGGUUGGUAGUGGCUGGCCGAUUACACCGUUCGAGCGGAAUGCCAUCCAAGCGACGGGUGAAGUGCAGGCCGUAAUUGGUUGCGGUGUUUCGUUUCAUCCGGGCCGUGAACGGGAUGCACCGUUCGAGAUAGUGCGGCUGUAUCUGGAGGCUGGUGGUAGUGCCGAAAAGUGCGUCAUGUCGCAUCUCGAUCGGACACUGUUCGCGGUGGAAGAUCUGCACGAGUUUGCCAAGCUGGGAACGUACUGUCAGUUCGAUCUGUUCGGUACCGAGUGCUCGUACUAUCAGCUUAAUCCGGAGUUGUACAUGCAAUCGGACGAGCAGCGGCUUCAGAAAAUCAUUGGAUUGGUGCGCGAGGGCUACACGGAGCGUAUUCUGAUGUCCCACGACAUUCACACCAAGCACCGGCUGACCAGCUUCGGUGGGCACGGAUACAGUCACAUCCUCAACAACGUGCUGAUGCGCUUUACGGUGCGUGGCAUCGAUAUCAAAACCGUCGACACAAUCACCAUCACCAAUCCGGCUCGUUGGCUCGAAAUGAAGGUCUAGGUGGUCUUGGACAGCGUACACUUCCCGUUGCUUGCGUGACUCUGAUUGCAAGGUGAGGAGCAGGAGAACGCAUUAAAAUUAAUGAUUAUUUCAUCUUUUUUAUUAUCGAAUAAAACCGUGCUUGUUACACCAAA